AUGGCUAAGAUCACAACUUGGUUCUUGUGGAAAAAUAGAUGUCUGAAAGAAUUUGAGAAUAAAGAUCAAAAUCUUUCUUCAACAAUAUUUUCAGUUAAAAACAUGCUGAGAUUAUGUGGUGAUCAGCAUAAUCACACUUCUACUCAGAGUUUAACUCAGAGUUUAAUCCACUGGUCUCCGCCUGUUACUGAUGAGUUGAAACUGAACUUUGAUACUUCUUUUGAUCAUGAAACUUCUUAUGUUGGAAUGAGCUUAAUUCUUCGUAAUUCUACAGGAUCCUGUGAAGGUAUCAGAGGGCGAAACUUCCAUGGAGGAAUAGAUCCAGAGCAUGCAGAGUGCCUUGCAUUCAAGGAAGCUAUCCUUUGGGAAUCAGAAAUUGGACUGCAAAAAGUAAAUUUUGAAGGCGACUGUCUAAAUGUCGUAAACUCGGUUGAAUAUGCCAAAUCUUCAGUUCACUGGAUGAAUGAAGGUCUUGUAAAUGAAAUAAGACAACUACUAUCUAAACUUUCUUGUUGUAAAGUUAACUAUGUAAAAAGGCAGACAAACAAUGUGGCACAUGUAAUUGCGCACAAAGCUAGAACAGGUAGACACUCUUUUGAAUAUCACUGUAACAUCCCCGAUAUCUUCAUAGAGGAAAUCAGGAAGGAUCAAUCGUCUACCAAUAUGUGUCAUAUGUAA